AUGAGCGAGCAAAAGACCGACGAGAUGCCUCCCUUUCCAGGCCGGAGUAUCACAUUCGGCACGUUCAAUGUGACCUCUCAGGUCUUCCAUAUCACCAAACACUCGUUCGCUCUAGUGAACCUCAAGCCAUUACUCCCUGGACACAUUCUUGUCUCGCCGCUACGAGUCAAGCCGCAUCUCUCCGACCUGACCAAGGACGAGAUCAGCGACCUCUUCCUGACAGUGACGCGUAUUCAACGCACUUUAAAGCGUGUCUACAAGGCCGAWGCGUUCAACGUAGCAGUACAGGACGGCGUGGCUGCAGGCCAGAGUGUACCUCACGUACACUGUCAUGUGAUUCCACGAACUACAGGCGAUCCGGGCGGUGAUGAUAAGGUCCACGAAUGGCUGGAAGGCGAGGAAGGCAAUGUUGGACAACAUCAGAAACAGGCGGAUGAGCGGAAAGCUGGCGAGUGGGUCAAAGACAAUGAGCGGAAGCCAAGGACGAAGGAAGAAAUGGACAAGGAGGCUCAAUGGUUACGAGAAGAGAUGUCCAAGGAUGAGCACGGUACUGGGAAGCUGUAA